AUGUAUAACGAAACCCAACCUGCAACUGCCGAGGCCCGCCGGCUCAAGAAGCGGGAGCUGGAUCGCAAAGCGCAGAGGUUGGCGCGCGAAAGGACCAAGAGUCGCAUUGCACAGCUGGAAAACAUGGUCGACAAUUUACGACAGAACGACUCCAAUUCACACAUAGCCACCUUGAUGGACCAACUAGGCCAGGUCACAAAAGAGAGAGAUAAUUUACUCCAAGUUCUCGACUCAUUAGGCUCGACGAUCCGACGUCAUAUUGGUGAUUCCACUACCAACGAACCAGCGUCAGACGCAUCUGAGUCAUCACCACAGAUUUCAAGAGGAGUAAUGCACCCGCCCAUGGGCGAACGCAUAGUCCCAGUCACAGUAAGAGCUUUAUCGGAAACAAGUGGCUCUACGUUACUAGAACUUCCCAUGGACCCUCCCCAAUCUAGCCCGUUCGCCUAUGAUAGCUGGACUCACAGUGCCAGCACCAACCAAUAUCCCACAACUCUAGCCUACGACAACACAAUGCUCCCACCAGAAGCCAGCUACAUGCCUAUUCAACCCUUCCUCCCCGAAAUGACCCCCAGCACCCCCGAAGAGGCAGACGUCAUUAUCCCUAAAAGCCCAAUCCCUUGCCAUUGCUCCAAUCCCACAAGCUGCACAUCCACCUUCCAUAGCGCCAAUGCCAACAUAUGGCGUGCAGUCAACGAGAUCCUCCAAAAGCCCACCCGGCUAUCAGAAGAGGAGCUGGCUAUUGAAAUGUAUGGCGGAGAAGACAUUGCAGUGAGAGCUGUUCUGGAAGGCUGGGACAGUGUCGAGAGCUCGGGAAGAAUGACGCCGACAUGGCGCAAAUUACGCAGUGCAGAUGAAUUGUGCUUCAGUCGUUGUGCUGAUACCGAGCGUCUGGCGGUGAUGAGAAUAUGUCACCUUCUCCUCAUAUACCACGGUGAUCCUACAUUAGCACGUCGAGAGACAGUACCACGUUGGUAUUGGAAUAGACCAUCACAAGCCCUCCCUCACUCAUAUGGCAUAGAUUUCUUCGUCUGGCCGGGCUUAAGAGAACGCCUCAUCUUCUCCCAACACCACUACUGCACAAACACAUUCUGGGAUCUCCUGCAAUCAAACCUCAAGAUCCUAUGGCAGGAUGGAUUCCAAGACACAUUCUACCACAACGCGCACACUGGAAAGUACCAAAUAUCGCCCAUCUUCGAGCAGCGAAUUAGAGACAUCAACUCAUGGACAAUGUCGACCGACUUCUUUGCGCAUUUCCCCGAACUUAACCAAGAUAUCCCAGCAUUUAUGGGGAUCCCGCCGUCUGUUGAAGAAAUGCACUCAAGGGCAAUUAUACCCACAGGGCAACGGCGGCGGCAGAGUGAAGCCGAUACCAAAGACGUUAAGGGACAGAGAGCAACCAUAUGCUAA